AUGCUUUCCCCUCAGCCGUAUCGUGGACUAUCCCGCAAGUUGAUUCUUGCCUUCGACGUAGGCACUACAUGCAGUGGGAUUUCCUACUGUAUACUCGACCCUGGAAAAGUUCCCAGGAUAGAGCCUGUUACCAGGUGGAAACUCCACAUGCGGGCCAGGCAUCCGGCCACCUCCAAUAUCACUGAUAACGACAUCCCACCUCUUCCACGAGGCAAAAAUAUCGUCGAGGUGCUCGCCGACUUCAUGCAGUACCUCUUCCGUUGUGCACGCAGCUAUAUCGAGGAGACAGAAGCAAGAGGACCUAAUCUUUGGCAGUCCGUCGAGACCCGCAUUGAGUUCGUCCUUACCCAUCCAAACGGCUGGGAAGGCCCGCAGCAGAAACAGAUCAGGCUAGCUGCCAUCCUCGGCGGUCUCGUUCCUAGGACAGAAGAGGGCAUGGCCCGUGUUCAUUUGCUAACCGAGGGAGAAGCGAGCUUGGCUUACUGUACUACUAAUAUCCUGGCCUCUGGAGAUGGUGAAGAGGAGGAUAGCUCGACAAGCCAAGGUGUCGUCGUCAUAGAUGCAGGAAGAGCGACCCUCGAUCUCAGUGCCUAUUCUGUGACUUUAUCCCCGACGCUGAUCAUCAAGGAGAUUGCUCCAGCCGAAUGCCGGCUGCAGGGUUCCAUAUUCGUAACCCGUCGUGCUCAUGGCCUUCUUCAAGAAAAACUAUCCGGCAGUCGUUUCGGCACACCGGAUAUGGUCCAGCGAAUGACAGACAUCUUCGACAGCACCACCAAGCUCAGGUUUCGCAACCCAGAAGAGUCGUCGUACAUCAAAUUUGGUACCAUCCGUGACAGAGAUCCUCAGCGCGAUAUCCGUAGCGGUCAACUUAAAUUGAAUGGACAAGACGUAGCAACACUCUUUGAACCCUCCAUCAGUAACAUAAUCGAAGCUUUUGAAAACCAGAGAAAAGCCGCAGGCACUCCGAUCACAUUUGUAUUUUUCAUCGGAGGUUUUGCUGCGAGCGACUGGAUGUUCGAAAAGUUGCAAAGGUACUUCCAAUCACUUGGUAUCAGCUUCAGUCGACCAAAUAGCCAUUGUAAUCGAGCUGUUGCUGAUGGUGCUGUGUUGUACUUCAUCGAUCAUCUUGUGUCGUCCUGUUUGGCUCGUUACACGUACGGCACCAAAUGCAGCGUCCCAUUCAACCCGUCCGAUAUGGAGCAUCGCAUCAGACGAAAGCAAGUUUUCCGAAGUGACUCGGGAAAUCUCGCUCUGCCUCACGGAUUUUCAUCCAUACUGACUAAGGGAACACGUGUAUCUGAGCAGCAAGAAUUCAGUGAGACAUUUACCAUCCGACAGUCUAAUCAGGCGGCGUGCAACAACUUCGAAGUUGACAUCAUUCGCUACACGGGCCUCCUCUCCCAACCGAAAUGGAUGGAUACAGAGCAAAGUUUAUUCUCAACGUUAUGUACCAUUCGCGCAGACACAUCGGAAAUUGCUCAGAAACUCACCCCCAAGCGUUCUACCGAAGGUUCCACGUAUUAUGCCAUGGAGAUCAAAGUCAUUCUUCUCUUCGGUUUGUUAGAAUUGAAGGCUGUGAUCGGCUGGGAAGACGGGGGGGAGAAAAUACGGCAAGUUCACAUCCUGACGUAUCUUUUUCAUGGUUCUGACUGCAUUUACAGCAUUCCAGCAGCGGUAAUUUACGAUGAUGAGCAGGAAGAAGUCUACUCAUUCUUUAGAGCCACCUCGCUGUAA